CUGAAGGUCUGACCCCAGACAGAAGGCAAUGGGGCGCCAUGGCAGCAUUUCAAGUAGGUCUCGACACCCAUCUGUCCUAGAGCAGUGAGGGAAUGGAAGUGCAUUGGAACGAAGCCAAACUGGAGACAAAGAGAUCAGGGCAAAGAGAUGCCAUGGUCAUCCAGAAGAGAAGUGGCAAAGUCCCAGGCUGCAGGCAGCCGUGGUGGGAGUGGAGGGGAGGGACAGGAACAGGUUCCAAGGCAGGACCAGGAUGCAGAGCGCAUGUACUGAGCAUACACCAAGCACCUGGAUCUCUGCCCAUGCAGGGCUUACUUGGAUUCAGGCUCUGUAAGGGCAUAAUGAGAGCUCUGUGGACCAGGAGAGGAGGGGUCUGAUAUGGAGGCUGAAGAGGCAUUUGACAGAAGUAAGCUGGAAAGGGGGUACCGGGUCAGAGGACUGGCAUGAGCAAAGGCCCCAGCGUAGGACCUGGCCCUAGUGUACAUUUGGGAAUAAGCAAGCAGUGAGGAUGAGUGGAAGCCCUAGCUCAUAGAGCAGGACGAGGCUAAACGUGGCCGGGCAGGGGCUGAAAUUGUGGAGAGUAAGGUGUCCGCCUUUUCUUGUGCAUGAGAGAACACAGAAGGUCUCUGUCUGCCAGUCUCUCCCCUUUCAAUGGUCUCACUGUCAGAUCUCUUCCACUUUUAAAAGUGGGGCCGGGGCUGGGCUCGGUGGCUCACACCUAUAAUACCGGCAUUUUGGGAGGCUGAGACGGGCGGAUCAACUGAGGUCAGGAGUUCAAGACCAGCCUGGCCAAAAAUACAAAAUUAGCCAGGCAUGGUGGUGGGCGCCUGUAAUCCCAGCUGCUCAGGAGGCUGAGGCAGGAGAAUCGCUUGAACCCGGGAGGCGGAGGUUGCAGUGCGCCAAGAUCACACCAUUGCACUCCAGCCUGAGCGACAGAACUGGACUCCAUCUCAAAAGAAAUAAAAGGUGGGGAUGGGGAACAGCAAGAGGCCAUGACAUUGUCCCAGUGAGAAGGGGUAAAAACUGGAGCCCAGGGAAUGGCAAGAAAAGAUAAAGAGAAGACACAUUUGCAGAAGUAGAAUCUAUAGGAUUUGAAUGUAGAAGAUGAGAAAAAAGAGGCAGCAAAAAAUGCCCUAAAGGUGCGAUUAUACAGGGAAUGGUGGCUUCCCUGACAAACCCAAAAGUCAAGCAGAGGACACUGUUUGAGGAUAUAGCUGGCCGUGUGGUGAGUCUUUAUGUAAGACGGAUGAGGGUGGGUGGUGACUUGUUGCUUAGAAACUUCUUAUUUAUUUAUUUAUUCUUGACACAGAGUCUCACUCUGUUGCCCAGGCUGGAGUGCAAUGAUGUGAUCUCGGCACACUGUAACCUCCACUUCCUGGGUUCAAGCAAUUCUCCUACCUCAGCCUCUCGAGUAGCUGGGAUCACAGGCGCGUGCCACCAUGCCCAGCUAAGUUUUGUAUUUUUAGUAGAGACGGAGUUUCGCCAUGUUGCACAGGCUGGUCUUGAACUCUUGACCUCAAAUGAUCUGCCCACGUUGACCUCCCAAAGUCCUGGGAUUACAGACAUGAGCCACUGUGCCUAGCCAAGAAGCUUCUUAUUUUUACCCAUCAAUCACUAUGGGCCUGGCACAGCGGCUCACAUUUGUAAUCCCAACACUUUGAGAGGCCAAGGCAGGAGGAUUGACUGAGCUCAGAAGUUCAAGACCCCACUUCUACAAAAAAAAAAUUUUUUUUAAUGAGCCAGACUUGAUGGCAUGUGCCUGUGGUCCCAGCUACUUGGAAGGCUGAGCUAGGAGAACCGCUUGAGACGAGGAGGUUGAAGCUACAGUGAGCCAUGAUUGCACCACUGCACUCCAGCCCAGCCCACAGAGUGAGAGCCUUUCUUGAGGGGUGGGGAGGCAGAAGAAAGAGAAAGAGAGAGAGAGAGACCCUGUCUCAAACAGAAAAAAAAAAAAAAGCCAAACCCACCAAAAAACAAAAACAAAAAAUUACUAUGGGCCAUUCUGGGUGGGACUGAUGCACUGGAGGAAUAGAAAAGAGAAGGAAAAAUAGCCAUAGUCCAGCUGACCAGGGGCCUCCUUGACUGAUCCAAAGAGGUUCUAUUCAGGAGUCUAAAAUGUAAGCAUAACACACCCCUAAAACUUACCUGAGUCUCUUUUCAGAGGCCAAGGUGGGAGGAUUGCUUGAGUCCAGGAGUUCAAAACCAGCCUGGACAGCACAGUGAGAUCCCUGUCUCUACAAAAUAUAAAAAGUUAGCCAGGAGUGGUGGUGCACACCUGUAGUCCCUGCUAUUUGGGGGGCUGAGGCAGGAGGAUCGCUUGAGCCUGAGGGAUCGAGGCUGCAGUGAGCCAUCCACGAUAGUGCCGUUGUGCCUCUGCACUCCAGCCUGGGUGACAGAGUGAAACCCUAUUAAAGAAAAAGAAGCCCUGAUUCUGGUCACAGCAUGCCCAUUUGCAAACUGUCCAGCCCGAGGGGCAGCCUAGGCCAAAGGACAGGACAAAAUCUGGGAGCCGGAGUGAGAGAGUUCGUUUCCACCGAGCUUUGUUUGGUUUGUCUGUUUAUUAAACCCAAGGCUGGCGGCUGCUUCUUGCUGCGGUUUAUUAAUAGUCAUUCCCACACAGGCUCCUCAGGGGCAGCCGGGGAAGCCAGUCCCAGGGCACAGGCUGGCAUCACACUCUGCCUCUGAGGGGCCCCAGGCAGUCUGAGGCAGCCCUGGGGACAUGAGAGCUUCCUUUCCCAGCCGCUUUCCUGGGAAGUAAACCUCAUCGUCGCUUCUUCUGGUGUUGGGGAUGCCGGACUCAGCUUCCGUGGGGGCAGAGGAUGCCAAGGAUGGACAUGAGAAUCGGGAGAGGCUCCAACAUCCCCCAGGAAACCGAGGCCCCAGGGAGGCAGGAAAAACCAGCUCCAGGUGGCCGGCAGAGUUGGAGGCAGAGCUGGGACUCGAAUCCUGUUUUCCCAGGGCCUCCUGAGGACAGGAACCUUUCCCCGUGUUCCCUCGGAGGGCAACCGUUGUUACUGUCGCCAAGAAUGGAGGCGGUAGCGUCAGACCUAGACUUUCUUGCACUGUAUUGUGGCUCUUCCAGCAGCAGGCAGGGAGCCAGCAGGGCACACGGACCCAGCCAUGGUGACCUAGAUUCUGGGUUCAGGGGUGGAGACUUCUUUGUUAUUGGGGUGCCCUGAGUCAGGCUGUUCUGUAGCACACCCCAGGUAAUAGAGGUGCUCGCUGCAUACCACUGGGCGGGCAGCCUGGGCAAAGGGACAACUGUUUGCCACCCAUGCCAGUGAGCAGUGGGUGCAGACACCCACCCAGAGGCACCUGCUGCGAUGCACGCAGCGCCCAUGGAACCCGAGGCUGCCAGCCGCCGCCCUGGAGACCCCAGAGACAGGCGGGCGGGCGGGCGGGCGGCAGAUGCGUGUGCCCCUCGGGGCAGCGUGGCUGGCGGGGCGCGCCCUAAAGGACAGUGGCACGGGGAGCGCGCCGCGAGCGGAGGGGCACCGGCGGGCGCGCAGGAGUUAGCGAACUGACUCGGAGGCGCCGGGCGGACGCAUGGUCGCGCCGAGGACCGCAGGGCGGCACAGACGGGCACACACCGCGCAGAGGCGCAGGCUCUGAGGCCUCCCGGGCGUAGGCAGCCAACUCCCGCCCGCGGCACGGGGAGGGGCGGGCCACAGGGGCGGGGCGGCGCCGUCCGGGCCCUCCCUCUGCCCCGCCUCCGGUCAGCGCCCUUGGCCGCCGGCGCGUUGUUGGUUUCGGGUUGUCAAGCAGCAGGCGAGGCUUCGGGCAGCAGGUGGACGCGACCCGGCGGCGGUGGGGGUGCGGCUGGGCCAUGCCCGGUGGCGCGCCCUGAGCCCCUCCACCUGCUGCAAGGAUGAAGGACAGCGGGGACUCCAAGGACCAGCAACUCAUGGUGGCACUCCGGGUCCGGCCCAUUAGCGUGGCAGAGCUGGAGGAAGGAGCCACCCUUAUCGCCCAUAAAGUGGAUGAGCAGAUGGUGGUUCUCAUGGAUCCCAUGGAGGAUCCCGACGACAUCCUGCGGGCACAUCGCUCCCGGGAGAAGUCCUACCUGUUCGACGUGGCCUUUGACUUCACUGCCACCCAGGAGAUGGUGUAUCAGGCCACCACCAAGAGCCUCAUCGAAGGCGUCAUCUCAGGCUACAAUGCCACUGUCUUUGCCUAUGGCCCCACAGGCUGUGGGAAAACCUACACCAUGCUGGGCACAGAUCACGAGCCUGGCAUCUACGUUCGAACCCUCAAUGACCUCUUCCGUGCCAUCGAGGAGACCAGCAAUGAUAUGGAGUAUGAGGUGUCCAUGUCCUACCUGGAGAUCUACAAUGAGAUGAUCCGGGACCUGCUGAACCCCUCCCUGGGCUACCUGGAGCUGCGGGAGGACUCCAAGGGGGUUAUCCAGGUGGCCGGCAUCACUGAAGUCUCCACCAUCAAUGCCAAGGAGAUCAUGCAGCUGCUGAUGAAGGGGAACCGGCAGAGGACCCAGGAGCCCACGGCCGCCAACCAGACGUCCUCCCGCUCCCAUGCAGUGCUGCAGGUGGCCGUGCGCCAGCGCAGCCGGGUCAGGAACAUCUUGCAGGAGGUGCGGCAGGGCCGCCUGUUCAUGAUCGACCUGGCUGGCUCGGAGCGCGCCUCCCAGACACAGAAUCGUGGGCAGCGCAUGAAGGAGGGGGCCCACAUCAACCGCUCACUGCUGGCUCUGGGUAACUGCAUCAACGCCCUGAGUGACAAAGGCAGCAACAAGUACAUCAACUAUCGCGACAGCAAGCUCACCCGGCUCCUGAAGGACUCCCUGGGGGGAAACAGCCGCACAGUGAUGAUCGCUCACAUCAGCCCUGCGAGCAGUGCCUUCGAGGAGUCCCGGAACACCCUGACCUACGCCGGCCGGGCCAAGAACAUUAAGACUAGGGUGAAACAGAACCUGCUGAGCGUCUCCUACCACAUCGCCCAGUACACCAGCAUCAUCGCUGACCUGCGAGGCGAGAUUCAGAGACUCAAGUGCAAGAUCGACCAGCAGGCUGGGCGGGGCCAGGCCCGGGGCCGGCAGGAACGGGGUGACAUCCGCCACAUCCAAGCCGAGGUCCAGCUGCACAGCGGGCAGAGUGAGCAGGCCGGCAUGGGACAGCUUCGGGAGCAGCUCGUCAGCGCCUUCCAGGAGCAGAUGGAUGUGCGCAGGCGCCUGCUGGAGCUGGAGAACCGAGACAUGGAAGUCCAGAUUGACACCUCCCGACACCUCCUCACCAUUGCUGGCUGGAAGCAUGAGAAGUCCCGCCGGGCCCUCAAAUGGCGGGAGGAGCAGCGGAAGGAGUGUUACAGUAAGGACGACAGCGAGAAGGACUCAGACACAGGCGAUGACCAGCCAGACAUCCUGGAGCCACCCGAGGUGGCCACAGCCCGGGAGAGCAUUGCAGCCCUGGUGGGGGAGCAGAAGCAGCUUCGAAAGCAGAAGCUGGCGCUGGAGCAGCGCUGCCGGGAACUGCGUGCACGGGGCCGGCGCCUGGAGGAGACACUGCCGCGGCGCAUCGGCUCGGAGGAGCAGCGCGAGGUGCUCAGCCUGCUGUGCCGCGUGCAUGAGCUGGAGGUGGAGAACACCGAGAUACAGUCGCACGCGCUGCUCCGGGACGGCGCGCUCCGCCACCGCCGCGAAGCCGUGCGCCGCCUGGAGCAGCACCGCAGCCUCUGCGACGAGAUCAUCCAGGGCCAGCGGCAGAUCAUCGACGACUACAACCUGGCCGUCCCACAGCGCCUGGAGGAGCUCUACGAAGUGUACCUGCGGGAGCUGGAGGAGGGCAGCCUGGAGCGGGCCACCAUUAUGGACCAACUGGCCUCCAGGGCCCUGCAGGGCAGCUCCUUGCCCAAAAUUACCCCAGCAGGAACCUCGCUGACCCCGGAUUCUGACCUGGAGAGUGUGAAGACAUUGAGCUCUGAUGCCCAGCGCUUGCAGAACAGCACCCUCCCUCCCCUCAGCACAGAGAGUGAAGGCCACCACGUGUUCAAGACUGGUACUGGGGCCUGGCAGGCAAAAAGCUCCUCUGUGCCCACCCCACCUCCCAUCCAGCUCGGCAGCCUGGUGACCCAGGAGGCCCCCGCUCAGGACUGCCUGGGCAGCUGGAGCAACUCUUCGCCCGACAGCAGCGAGAACCUAUCAGAGAUCCCCUUGUCCCGCAAAGAGAGGAAGGAGAUCCUGACUGGCACAAAGUGCAUCUCGGUGAAGGCUGCCCGGCGGCGCUCGCGGGCUCUGGGCACCAGGGGACGACACCUGCUGGCACCCGCGACAGAGCGCAGUAGCUUGUCCUUGCACUCUCUGAGUGAGGGUGACGAUGGGCGGCCACCAGGCCCGCUGGCCUGCAAGCGUCCGCCAAGCCCCACGCUGCAGCACGCUGCCAGUGAGGACAACCUUUCCAGCAGCACAAGCGAGGCCCCAUCCCGGGCUGUCGGGCAUCAUGGGGAUGGCCCCGGGCCCUGGUUGCGUGGCCAGAAGAAAAGCCCGGGCAAGAAAAGGGAAGACUCACUGGAGGCAAAAAGAAGGAAGCGGAGGUCUCGAUCCUUUGAGGUCACUGGGCAAGGACUCUCCCGUCCCAAGACACACCUCCUGGAGCCCCAUCAGGCAGAACGCACCUCAGACCACAGGAUGCCAGCAGGCAGCCACCCAGCCCCUGGCCUCAGGCAUCUUGGAAAGGUCACACUACCUUUGGCCAAAGUCAAACUCCCUCCAAGCCAGAACACGGGCCCUGGGGACUCCUCACCCCUGGCUGCUCCCCCCAAUCCAGCUGGUGGUUCUCGACGGGCUACCCGUGGACCUCGCCUGCCCCACAGCGCAAGCACCCAUGGCAAAGAUGGAUGCUCCCGGCAUAAUUGAGGAGCCCUGCCUGGAACCGGCUCUCUUGCCCCCCAGACUGAAUGGGGGCUAGCAGGAAAUGGGAGGUGGAGGCUGGGUAGAUGGGGAUGGCCAGGAGGAUGAGCAUGAGCUCAGGAUCUCAGCAGGCCGGGGCUUCUGAGACCCAGGAACUGGGGUGUCUGUCCAACCCUCCCAUGCUUUCAGUGCCACCGGGGAAAAGAGGUGAGGCCAGGGGACAUGGUCAGGAAGGCUGGGCUCCCUGGCCUCCUAGCCCUGGACAGAAUGCUAUUGCCAAAACCCAGCACAGACCUGAGGCCACCCUUGGCCUUGGAAAUGGGGGAAAGCAGCUGGCAGUGAGACGGGGCUCCUGGCCCACGUCUGGUGCACGGGCAUUCUGGAUCGUUGGGGAGGUGCUGACAGGCACUUCACGUAUGACAAUUGGGGAUGUGGGUGGGGAAGAAAUCUGGUUUUGUUACUUGGCAGUGGCUUUUUCUACCCCUUCCUUUUUAACAAUAAAAUCCCUUUUGGGCCUUGA